AUAGCAGAUGUACUAAUUGAGGAUGGAAGUCUCUUGACACAGAACUCAGUGGAAAGGUUUAUGGUGCUCAAACACCCUACAUCAGCAGCCAGAGGAGAAUACAAGUGACAUACACAUUAUUGAAAAGAACAGCAACUCACUACUCUGCAGGAGUGAAAUAAAGUUAAAUCUUGAUCAUCUGACCUCUGGUUAAUCCACUGUGAUCUUCUCCCAACACCAUUUGCCUUGUUUUCUAGCAAAUUUCAGAAUGUUCAGACUCAGCUGAGACCCAAAUGCCUUUUAUUAACAGACCCUGUCCAGCUGAGGGAUGUAUGUCUUCACUCCCCUUCAUGAAGACCAGAAACCUUCCUGGAGACAGGAGACUUUUUAUGAGUGUGAGUAAAUGAAUGAGGAAAAUGAGAGUGAGUAAAUGAGCAUAUGGUAGUAUACUUAAAGUUUUACCAGGACCUAAAGAUCCAAAUCUAGUAGCAAGUGAAGAAUGGGAGGGUUUUAUUAUUUGUUGUUACAAUUGGGAUCCUCAGGAAACAAAAGAAUCUUCUCUGUGUCUGUCAGUCCUUCACUAUAAUAAUGUUUCUAACCAUAGAAGAAAGAAGAAAAGUCGGAAAUGGAGGACGAUAGAUUUAGACCUUAGUGGGGGACACUUAGUGAAUGACAUACCAUGAUCAAUGAUAAAAUAUAAUACUUGUAACCUCUCCUCUGACUGUACUAUCUCAGAUCCCCCCUACGCUGGCAGUUGGGGCCUCAGAGUGUGGCUGACACUCCUAUUUCCCUCAGAGUUCUAGGAAUAACUUCAGUUAUUGCCACUUACAAGCUCUCAUCUCGUGUGGUCCCACUGGAUUAUCAAACAACCAAACUUAAUUAAUUAUUAAGUGGCAGUAUUCAACAAGCAGACAUAGCAAGGGCAGUUAUAGAAAUCUCUGCCUCCUCCUUCCCGGCCCCCACCUCCUAAAUGAGAAGCACACUCUUUCCUUGUGUACACAAUGUCACUGAGGAGGUGGGCUCAGCCUUAAGGAGUUCAUGUGGCAAAAAGCCGGCCUUGCUUGGACUGUGCCCGUGGGCAACUCAAAUAACCCUCCGUCUGGGCGGGGACUCAGCCUAGUAGCCUUGGCUGCUGGACAGGGGAACUGCCAGGAAGGAGGAGGAGGAAGAGGAAGAGCAGCAGCACCAGCACCGGCACCAGCAGCACCAACAUGGGAAAGAAAUCUCUGUGCCUGCUGAUUUCUUGCGCCCUUCUUUCCUACUUCGUGUACACUCCUCUCCCAGAUAAUAUCGAACAACCAUGGAAACUGAUGAUUACCUGGGCUGUCAUUAGGUGUGGGGCGUCCCUGUCAGGGAUUUUGGAGAUACUGGGAUUUCCACCUUAUGCAGUUGGGUACUUCUUCCAAGUACCACCGACAUCAGAUGCAAAUGUCACAGUGACAGAUACUCUGUUCAAUAAAGUUCCAGUUCGAGUCUUUGAGCCAAAGCAAAAAUCAUCUACAAUGAGAAGAGCCGUGUUUUAUAUUCAUGGUGGUGGCUGGACCGCAGGAGAUGCUCGUUGGAUCACCUAUGAUGAUUUAGCAAGACAAAUGGUGAACAAACUUGAUGCUGUGGUCAUAUCAACUAACUACAGAUUAUCCCCCCAGUAUCACUUUCCAACUCAAUUUGAAGAUGUCUAUGAUGCCUUAAGGUGGUUCUUGAGAAAGAAAGUCCUUGAAGAGUACGGUGUGGACCCUGCCCGUAUCUGUGUUGCUGGAGACAGUGCUGGUGGGAAUUUAGCUGCAGGCACCACUCAGAAGGAGAAUAACAUUAGGACAAAAAAGGAAAGAAGAAAUAUUACUGAGAAAACCAAGAGGCUGAGACACCGACUCCUAGAUGACCCAGAAGUCAAGAUUAAAGUCAAGAUUCAGUCUUUAAUUUAUCCUGCUCUUCAGACUCUUGAUAUGGAUUUACCCUCAUAUCGAGAAAAUGCAUAUAUACCCAUCCUGCUAAAAUAUGACAUGGUUUUGUUUUGGAGCCUGUAUUUCACCUCAGACAAGGUGCUAAGGGAAGCCAUGCUUGCUAACCAACAUACACCUGUGGAAUCAAACCAUCUCUUCAAGUUUGUGAACUGGAGUACCCUACUUCCUGAGAGGUUUCAAAAAGGACAUCUUUAUACCAGCCCAAUGCAUGGACCCGCUGACCUUGCAAAAAAGUUCCCUGGAUUUCUAGAUGUCAGAGCAUCCUCCCUAUUAGCUGAUGAUUCCAAGUUACAGGGUUUACCCUUGACCCAUAUCCUCACCUGUCAGUAUGAUGUCUUAAGAGAUGAUGGGCUCAUGUACGUCUCCCGCCUUAGGGCUGCAGGGGUCCAGGUAGUCCAUGAACAUGUGGAAGAUGGGUUCCAUGGAAUCCUGUCAUUCAGUAUGAGUUUUAAAGCAGGCCAAAGAGAACUUAACAAGUAUCUGAAAUGGCUAGAGGAGAAUCUCUAGUGGUAAUUCAGCUGUUCCAUUCCACCAAGAGCCAGUUCUUUGUGUGUGCAAGUCAUAGUAUUGGCUGCUGGCAGGGAUGGACUGGGGUGGGAGUAGGGGUUAGUAACUGAACGAAGACAUGGUUCUGACUGCCUGGACAUAAGAUUUAUGCACAAAUAGCUGCAAUACAAGCUGAAGUGAAGGGGAGAGAACAUGCAUUGACGUAUUACCAAGUCAAAUGUCCUAAGUGUUUAGGAGAAGUCAAACCAGGUGAGAUGGGGGUCCAGAGGAUGAUCAGUGAAGCUCCUCUCUCUGCCCUGAGCACCCAGCCUAUGCUCCCAACUGCCUACUGCACAUGACAACUUGGAUGCCCAAAGAAGAAAAUGUAAACAGAUCCUGCCAAGCUUAAAACAUUGUAUGAGUGUCAGUGAU